ACAUGCCUUUUCCCCAUCCACCCCCCUCGAUCGAGGCGUCCCACCCCGGCCAAUGGGGAGGCGGCGCUGUAGUUAACCCCUGGCCUGGCGGAACGGCGGAGGACGCCGAGCAGGUAGCGCUGAGGUGAGGGGCUGUGGAGCCUGGUUUCCACCGCCGCCUUCAUCUUCUCCCCGCUGAGGGCAGUAGCCACCGGGGAGCGAGGCCUGCGGGGAAGCGAGAGGCGCCUGUCGUCGCUGCCGCCGCGAUCUCCGCUUCCCCCGGCCGGUGAGGGAAGCAGCCCGCGCAGCAGCUAAGGAGGCUGGGAGCGACGGCGGCUUAGGAACCGCUCCAGAGAUGAUGCCGAUGAUAUUAACUGUGUUCUUGAGCAACAAUGAACAGAUUUUGACAGAAGUUCCAAUUACACCAGAAACAACCUGUCGAGAUGUUGUGGAGUUCUGCAAAGAACCCGGUGAAGGAAGUUGCCAUCUGGCUGAAGUGUGGCGUGGAAAUGAACGCCAUAUACCCUUUGAUCACAUGAUGUAUGACCAUCUACAGAAGUGGGGACCCCGCAGAGAAGAAGUGAAAUUUUUUCUUCGUCAUGAGGAAUCUCCAGCUGAAAGCAAUGAACAGAGUGGGCGUCAGACCCAAAAUCAGAGAAAUGGAAUAAAUAUACCUGUGGAGAAACGUACAGAGAAUGGGCUUGGGAAUCCACGUGUAGAACUCACACUCUCUGAACUUCAAGACAUGGCUGCCAGACAACAGCAGCAGAUUGAAAACCAACAGCAAAUGUUGGUUGCUAAGGAACAACGUUUACGUUAUCUGAAACAGCAAGAACGCCGUCAGCAGCAGUCUAUUUCUGAGAGUGAAAAGCUUCAAAAACUUAAAGAACGGGUAGAGACCCAGGAGUCAAAGCUGAAAAAAAUACGUGCCAUGAGAGGACAAGUGGACUACAGCAAGAUCAUGAAUGGCAAUCUGUCUACUGAAAUUGAGCAUAUCAGUGCCAUGUUCCAGGAGAAGCAGCAGGAGUUACAAGCUGCAGUGUUAAAAGUAGAUCAGCUAACUCAGCAAUUGGAGGACUUAAGGAAAGGGAAAUUGAAUGGAUUCCAAUCUUAUAAUGGACAGAUGACAGGACCUGCAGCUGUAGAAUUAAAAAAGUUGUACCAAGAACUACAGAUUCGUAAUAGGCUUAACCAGGAGCAGAACUCCAAGCUUCAGCAGCAGAAAGAACUUUUAAACAAACGUAACAUGGAGGUGGCUAUGAUGGACAAGCGUAUCAAUGAGCUGCGUGAGCGACUAUACAAGAAAAAAGUUGAGGCACGUCAAAAAGAAAACAUUCCUUUAAAUCAUAUUAAUGGAACAUCAUCGCCCCAGUCAUCUUUGACUGCUUCAGGAAGAGUAGCAGCAGUGGGGCCUUACAUCCAAGUUCCUAGCUCUGGCAGUUAUGCUGUACCAGUAGACCCAGUGAAACCACAGUCUCUCACCAUUGCUUCCACUGCGACUCAUGGGAGAUCAAAAUCUGCUAAUGAUGGAAACUGGCCGACAUUUAAACAGAGUUCAACUCCUGUGGUAAAACCACCUCAAAUCUCCAAUGCAGACUGGAAGGAAUCAAGCAUGGACACUGCUUUAAAACAAGGAACUGUAUUCAAUCAACCGUUGCCAUCUUCAGUAUUAGGAAGUACUGAUAAGCUGGGCCUUGAUAUGGGGAAAGUGCCACCUACUAUCGCUGGUGUAAGUAAGCAGUUGCCUCAAAACUAUGGAACCUAUCCAAGCCCUGUUCCUUUAGGAACAGGUUCUACAAAUUCCCUGGAAAGGCGGAAGGAUGGCAGCCUACCAAGACCUGGCUCCAGUAUAACAAAUCGGCAAAGACCUAUACCCUUACCACCAUCGAGCAAUAUACAUCAACCUAGUUCCUCACAACAGAUACAACAGAGAAUUUCUGUACCUCCUAGCCCUACUUAUCAACCUUCUGGUCCCUCCUCAUUUCCUGGCGGAGAUGGCAGGCCUGAGCUCCCUUUAACUGUGGCUAUCCGGCCUUUUCUAGCUGAUAAAGGAUCAAGGCCUCAGUCUCCAAGAAAAGGACCUCAAACAGUGAACUCCAGUUCCAUCUACUCAAUGUAUCUUCAGCAAGCAACACCACCAAAGAACUAUCAACAGGCUGUAUACAAUACCCUAAAUAAAUCAGUAAAAGCAGUUUAUGGAAAACCUGUCCUACAGUCUGGUUCAACCUCUCCAUCACCUUUACCAUUCCUUCAUGGAUCUUUGCCUACCCACACGUCACAGCCACAGUCUCAGCCUCAGAUUGAGUUCAUUGAAAAAGAUCAAGAGCUGGAAAACAUUCCGCCAUCAGGUGAAAAUAGCAAUGUGGAAAACAUUCCUCGCCCUCUCAGUCCUACUAAGCUUACACCUAUUGUGCAUUCACCCCUACGAUAUCAAAGUGAUGCUGAUCUUGAAGCUCUUAGAAGAAAAUUAGCCAAUGCUCCUAGGCCAUUAAAAAAGCGUAGCUCUAUCACUGAACCUGAAGGGCCCAGUGGACCAAAUAUACAGAAGCUACUGUAUCAGCGCUUUAAUACACUUGCUGGAGGAAUAGAAAGUGCUCCUUUUUAUCAACCAAGCAACCCACAGGACUUUAUAGGCAACUUAGCAGAUGUUGAUAAUGGAAACACUAGCACCAAUGGAAAUAUUGAAGAACCUAUUUCUGUGCAACCCACAGUUGCUGUUCCUGAUGAACCACCUCCUUCAUCAGAUGCCAAUGAUAAUGAAUUACCUUCUCCUGCCACUGAGGAACUGAUUAGCACUGAAACCACUAACCAAACCUCUGAGACUACUGAAGACAAUAAUAACAAUCCUGCUGUAGUUCCUUCCACUGAGCAGUCAUCCAGUCCCACACCUGAGGUCAGCUCCCCAGUAGAAGAUGAAGUUCCUGUGCCACUAGCUGUUCCUCCUCCACUUCCUCCAACUAAACGUACCAACCUGAAGAAACCUGACUCUGAACGAACGGGUCAUGGUUUGAGGGUAAAGUUCAACCCUUUAGCCCUCCUGCUUGAUGCUUCUUUGGAGGGAGAAUUUGAUCUGGUACAAAGGAUCAUUUAUGAGGUUGAUGAUCCCAGCAAACCCAAUGAUGAAGGAAUUACCCCUUUGCAUAAUGCAGUGUGUGCUGGUCAUCACCACAUUGUAAAGUUCCUGCUUGAUUUUGGUGUUAACGUAAAUGCAGCAGACAGUGAUGGAUGGACGCCUUUGCAUUGUGCAGCUUCUUGCAAUAGUGUUCAUCUCUGUAAACUACUUGUAGAAUCUGGGGCAGCAAUUUUUGCUUCAACUAUAAGUGAUAUAGAAACUGCUGCGGACAAGUGUGAGGAGAUGGAGGAGGGUUAUAUUCAGUGUUCCCAGUUCUUGUACGGAGUACAGGAGAAGUUGGGAGUCAUGAACAAAGGAGUAGUGUAUGCUCUAUGGGAUUAUGAAGCCCAGAAUAGUGAUGAGCUCUCAUUCCAUGAAGGAGAUGCUAUUACUAUUCUGAGACGUAAGGAUGAUAAUGAAACAGAAUGGUGGUGGGCUCGACUCAAUGAUAAAGAAGGCUAUGUGCCUAAAAAUCUUUUGGGGCUAUAUCCAAGAAUAAAGCCUAGGCAGCGAACCCUUGCUUGAAUUCAGUUGUUUGGCAGUGCAGAACAUGGCUGGUAACUGGAAGCUUAAACCCACACUGGAGUCAUCUUUUUCUAUCACAUUUCAACUGGAGAAAUAAAAUUCUAAUCUUUGUUUUUAAUGGUGCUCUCUCUUAUUGAUGAACAGCAGUCAAGGGUUUUAAAAUCUGCAGUUUAUAAACAAAGGUCAUUCCAUGUAACCCACCACUGACUGGAAGAGGUACUUAGUCUACAGUAUUUUGUCAACUCUACUCUAAAUACCAAAAAUACUCUUAUAGAAGAGUCUAUGGGUGGAAGUUUCUUGUGUUAAAUGUUCACAAAUGUCAUUUCCAAAUUGCAGAUGUACUGUCCAAUCUGUUCUAUCCCCCAAUAACUGUCCCAUGUCAAGAUUUUGGAUAUUUUUUGACACCAUUGAAUGUUGUUUACUCAUUACUGACUUAAUUCUGUGUGUUCUGCAGAGAAGACUUUCACAUGCUAAGUGCAUAAGCAAUCACCAAGGCUCUAUAUGCUCUAGGAUUUAGAAAUAAAGAUAUGUUAACUAAUGUUCUAAGUCCUAGUCUAGGGCCUGCUCUACACCUAAGACUUAAGUCAACCUAGCUACAUUGCUCAGGGCCGUGAACACUUACAUCCUGUAUCACAGUUAGGUUGACCUAACUCCUACCAUACCUGCAACUAUUGAAUGAGAGGUAGUUUAUGUACAGCAAUGGAAAAACCCCUUCCCUCACUAGAGGAAGCAUCAUGCUACAGCAGCACAGCUACAGUGCUGGAGCUGUGCCACUGUAGUGUAAAGAUACUCUUUACAAAGCUCAAACAGAAGCUUUAGAGAUGCUAGGAUCUAGAUUUUGUUUGCAUUUAAAUGACAAGCUAAAAGCAUCAAAACUACACUGUUUGUAUACUUCUCAAAACCCCUACACUAAUUAACUUGUUCAUUUUCUUGGUAUUCAGUUUAUUACACGAGUUUUACCUCUACUAAUUUGCUCCCACUCCCACUAACCUGUGAACUUGUCUGUUUGGAACAAAAGAACAUAUAACAGUGGAUUUGCAGCAGAUUAAAGGAUUUGUAUGUUUGAUGGAUGAAAGUGCAAUAGUUGAGAAGGGUAAGAGUCUGAUAAAUUAAGAGGUACACUAACUUGAAGUCUGCCUGAGUAGUUGGACUAAAAAGUGGAGAGCUAGUUGUGCUAAUAUUGAGAGUCAAUGAAGAAGAGAAACAAAGGGUUUGAGGUUUUGAGAAUGGCAAUAAUUUGCUAUUUUGGUAAGAACAGUUUCUGUGGUUCUUGGCAGCCCAACACCUAUUGCCAGGGUGUGUUGUGUUAUGCAAUAACCUUUCCACUAUAUUGUAGUUUCAAGCAAAAAAAAA